CUCUCUCUCUCUCUCUCUCUCUCAAUAUCAAAAUAUUACUCGCAAACACAUUGCAAGCUAGUCCAGCUCUUUUCUUUCCUCCCUUCACAGCCUGUCAAGCUUGAAUUAUUAAGACCAUGAUUAUAUAUAUCUAUAUUUUUUAAGUUAUGGUUUGCUUUGUUGUUCCUCUAAGCAAGGGAGAGAGAGACUAAAUCUUGGGCCUCUCUGUCAAAUACAAGAGAUUUUCUUGUACCAGAUGUGUACUAGUCAUAGUAUCUUCUCCGAUUUCACCACCGCAAUUGCACUCCUUAGGUUGUUCCGUCCAUAUCGGGAAAGAGAAAACAUGACUUAUCGAAGGUCAUGAAUGGCUUAAAGGCUUGUUUGUUUUUCAGCUUUUCUUUAUCAGUAAUAGACAAGCUAGCAAGUGGCAUGAAGGAGGAAGAUGUUCAAUGAGUCUGGUAGGAAAGUUUUGCGAUCUGGUCACUUUAUAUUGCAGGAAUGGGAACCAAACUUGAAUAUGCCAUCAAUCUUCUAGCAACUUCACAAAAUAGGAGUAGCAUUAGUGUACAUUGUAUGGAUGACCUGGAAUAUUUGCAGACCAGGGGUCUGGAAAAGAACCUUCAAGUUAGUGGGAUAGACAAGUUCGGCAGCUCUAUGGACAAGAUGCCUGGCAAACACAACAUAGACUUCAUCAAGAAGACAAUGCAGUUGCAUGAGGAUAUCUUCAAACAACAGGUAAGGGAACUCCAUAGGCUGUACAGUGUUCAAAAGUUAUUGAUGGAGGAGUUGAAGAAAGGAAUUAAACAAAACAGAAAGUACUGGACUCCAGUAACUAGUUCAGAUAUUAACUGCUCUCAAUUCGUUAACCGGCCUAAUUCAGCAGCACAAACCACCUGUGGUUAUAGUUUCCAUAUUCAAAGCCUGAGGGAAGACCCAAAUUCAGGAGAAAGAAGUGGUAGCUGUUCAGGUGAGACUGUGAAAAUGUCACGGGGAUUCGACCUUGAAAGGCCUGCAGAGGAAGAUAUAUCAACUGGAGUUAGUGCUGUGGACGAGAACCAAGCAGAGCCAAGCGCUUAUGCAACCCAAAAAAGAAAAAUGAGCAUUGAUGGAUCUGAUGAAGAUAGUGAAGUGGAGCUGACAUUAAGCAUUGGAGGUAGCACAAGCAAGAAAAUAUCCAAAAACUACCAGACACUUGAGCUUGAUUCUUCUGCCUCGUUUAAAUCUGAACGAAGAGAGGAUCGCAGCACUCCAACAACCCCAUUGAGCAGCUCUAGAGCAACAUUCGAUCAGGACAGAAAGCGGCCGCAAUGGCUUUUCCAAAGUUUAAGCAUAAACAGGUCUUGAACUUUUGACAAAAUGUAUGUGUGUAUCCUUCUAAACCUUCACUAGACUUGGACCAAUAAAAAUCUAGGGUCCUGGAAUUGAGAUUCUUGAUUCAGUUCCAUCCUCAAUCCAAUAAAUGGAUAAUUGUGGAACUCUUAUCCAGGGCAAUACAUCGGUUGUGAAUAGGACAUCUACAGACGUUUGUCAAUCUAUUUUUUCUUUUCGAGUCU